UGGAACAUUUAAAAAAAAGUAAAUGACAGAUAAGGAAUUCCGACAUAACCUCUUACGUUAAAUUUUGUAAAUUUGUUCGAAAAUUAAGAUUAUUUCAUAAAAUGGCAUCGCUAAAAGUGUUUUCGGUGGGCAGACUAGCCAAAUAUGUGACCGAUUCUUCUAUGAGGACCUUAAAAACAAAUAUCUACAGAACAACAGUAUGCAGAUAUAGCACAGAAGAGAAAACAGCUGAAUCAGAUACAAGUGACAAAAAUCUGCCCUCCUCCAUCGAGGAAUGUCACAAACAGAUUGAAACAUUAACUUCAGAAGUCAGCACGCUCAAAAAUAAUCUUAAAGAUUAUGAAGAUAAAUAUAAAAGAGCCUUAGCCGACGGUGAAAAUGUUCGAAGACGGAUGUUGAAACAAGUUGAGGAUGCAAAAUCAUUCGCUAUACAGAGCUUCUGCAAAGAUUUGUUAGACGUGGCGGACACGCUGUCGGCGGCGGCGGAGAGCGUGCCCGAGGGCGUGGAGGGGGAGGGCGCGCCGGCCGCGCUGCGCUCGCUGCGCGACGGCCUGCGCCUCACGCGCGCGCAGCUCACGCAGGUGUUCAGCAGACAUGGACUGGUAGCCGUGUCGCCGUUACGAGAGAAGUUCGACCCCAACCUACAUGAAGCGUUAUUCCAACAGGAGGUUGAAGGUGCUGAGCCGGGUACAGUGGUUGCAGUCAGCAAAGUUGGUUACAAGUUGCACGAGAGGUGCGUCAGACCGGCGCUCGUGGGCGUCGCGAAGGGAUCCUCCUAGUGUGAAACGAGCCUUUGGACUGUGCGAUUGUUGAAUAGAAAUAAAUGUUGACAGGACUUGUUUUAAUUUUAUUUUUAUUCGAAGCAAAUAAGUACCAAGAUGUACCAGAUGCACUAUAUUGGCCUCAAAAGCGAUGGACAAAUGGGGGGGCUGUCAUUGUAAUUAGUAAUAUCUUAAAUACAACACUAGAAUGUACCAAAUUAAAACGACAAAUGUCGUGUUUAUGUUGUGGUAGAUUUUAAGUCAAUAUAUCUGUAUGUAUAUUCUUUUUGAACGAAGAUUCAACUUCCAUAUGUUAUUAUGAAAUAUUUUGGCGCGCAUUUGAACAAUUUUUUUUUCGUUCCGUACAAAUUUUAAAUUAAACGUGCAUUUUUUUACUUUAAAAUAAGCUAUGUAUUAUACAAAUAUAUAUUUAAAUAAUCUCCGUGAGAUUCUCGUGUAGUUUUACCAUUUUUAAAAAAUUUAAUUAAUUUUUUAUUUAUUAUCUGUUAUUAAAGAAUUUUGGCGCGAAAACGAAAAAAAACACUCGAAGGUGCAAAACCAAAUUUAAAAUUUAUAUAUACUU